UUUAAUUCUAAUUAGCAAUGGAUACAUUACCAAAAACUAUGAAGGAUGACAGAACUAAUACUGAUAAGUCGUGGCUAUGGAAAGAAUUAUGGCAAGAUGCUAUACCUCUAGAUUUAUAUACAGCAGCAAGUAUUGGACAGAUAGAUUGCAUUAAAAAAAUUUUAUCAGGCAUGGAGCCAAAAUUGAUGAUGCAGAUGAAAAUAAUCGAACAGCUCUAUUUCAUGCUGCCUCCUGUGGACAUUACAAUAUUGUGCAGUUGUUAUUAGAAAAUAAAUGCACUGUUAAUAUUGUAGAAAAAUUGACAGGUUUUACACCUCUUAUGGUUGCUAUAAAUGCAAAUCAUGAAGCUAUUGUAAAAGAAUUAUUAACUUAUGGGGCAGAUAUAUAUAGUAAAUCAUGUAAUGGUGAGUCCAUUUAUUCACUAGCUACAAAAACUGGAAAUAUAAAAAUAAUCAAUCUUGUUGAUAUGUUCAAAAAUCAGAGACAACUUCUAGGUUGUAACAUUCAUGAUGGUGCUAGAAUAUCAAAACAGUUGGUGAAGCAGAAACAAAAUACUGUAAUGAAUAGGCUUUUACUUUCCAAAGAAAUGAAUAAUGCUACAAAUCUUUUAUCAACAUCUUAUCAACAUUCCCUUUCUUCAUUAUUAGAAAGGUUAGAUCUUUCAAAAUAUUAUCAUGUUUUUGAAGAUCAAGACAUUGAUCUCGACACAUUUCUAACAUUGACUGAUAAAGAUUUAAAGGAUAUUGGAAUUAAAAAACUUUUUGAGAAUAUAAUGUUUGGCAAUGCAGCUGUGUCAUCCUUCUAGAAGCUUAGAAAUGGGUUAGAAGUGGUUGAAUCUUCAUGUAUGUGUUCAUUAUAAUAUGACUCUGUUUAUUCAGACAGUUGCUUUUUAUUAUAAUUAUUUUUUAAAUAUAUCA